CUCUCCCCAUCCGUACUCUUGCUCUCUCUCUCUCAAACAUUAAAGAAGUAAGACAAGGGACCAAGAAAUGACCCAAGAAUUUGGUGACUUUGAGCUCACUGAUAACUUUUGAGGGAGCAGAAUUCAGAUGCCAAGGCCUGAGUGGGCAGUGAGGGUUUGAAUCAUGAGAAGGGGACUGAUUGCAUUGCCCGAAAUAAUUUAAAACCCCUCUUAAAAACUGAAGUCCCUUGGGGUGCCUGACUGGCUGAUAUUGGAGUUGAGUUCAAGCCCCACAUUGGGCAAGAUAAUAAAAAUAAAAACUGAGGUCUUUGCAUAAACAAAAGGGAGCUGCCCUUUUGACAAACUUGUUGAUGAAGGGAGGAAGGAGAUGUUGGUGUCAGGAAAAGAUCAGGGAUUCACCCUAUCCUUACAGGAAAAUACCUCCUGACUCUGAAAUUAACUUUCCAAAGGACAGGGAGAUGGGACAGCUAGCUACCUGUCUCCUUUUGGAUAUAUGACCUCCAGAAAUUCAAGCUGAAGGGCUGGAAGUGGGAGGGAUGCCAUCUCUAACAACUGCUGGGGGGAUGGGGGGCAGCCAGACACUACCAGGACAGGUGUGAAGAGACCUAUCUUAAGAGUAAAGAGCAGAGAACAAACACGCUGGACUCAGGCAAUAAUGGGUUUGAAUCUUGUCUCUGUCGCCACCUAGCUAGAAGACCUUGGGCAAGUUACUUAACCUGAGCACCCAGCUCCUCGUCUGUAAAAUGGAAACAAUUAUGCCUACCUUUCAGGGUGGUUUUGAGAAUUACAGACAAGUGACUGGCACACAAUAGGUCAUCAUAAGUGGGUGCUAUUCAGUGAUCCAGCCUCUCACUAAGGGACAGAACGGCAAACGGAGGGGUCAAAUUCCGCAACCUCACGAUCUUAGAGGGUAGGGAGGGCUCCCAGCGGCCUCCUCCCUCCAGGAGGUGGGGACAAGGUGGAGGAAGGGCUGCUGGAGGAGGAGCUGGCGCGUUGCUACCCGCCCCGUCCCGUCCAGUCCAGCCUGGGCGCCGAGGGAACCGCUGUCCUAGCCGCCGCCACCCGAACAGCCUGUCCUGGUGCCCCGUGCCCUGCCCCGCGUCCAGUCAUGACCCUGCGCCCCUCACUACUCCCGCUCCGUCUGCUGCUGCUGCUGCUCAGUGGGGCGGUGUGCUGGGCUGAGGCUGGGUUCGAAACCGAAAGUCCCGUCCGGACCCUCCAAGUGGAGACCCUGGUGGAGCCCCCUGAGCCUUGCGCGGAGCCCGCUGCCUUUGGAGACACGCUGCACAUACACUACACGGGCAGCUUGGUAGAUGGACGCAUUAUUGACACUUCCCUGACCAGAGAUCCUCUGGUUAUAGAACUUGGCCAAAAGCAGGUGAUCCCAGGUCUGGAGCAGAGCCUUCUAGACAUGUGUGUGGGAGAGAAGCGAAGGGCAAUCAUUCCUUCUCACUUGGCCUAUGGAAAAAGGGGAUUUCCACCGUCCAUCCCAGCGGAUGCAGUGCUGCAGUUUGAUGUGGAGCUGAUUGCACUGAUCCGAGCCAACUACUGGCAAAAGCUGGUGAAGGGCAUUUUGCCUCUGGUAGGCAUGGCCAUGGUGCCAGCCCUCCUGGGCCUCAUUGGGUAUCACCUAUACAAAAAGGCCACCAGACCUAAAGUCUCCAAAAAGAAGCUCAAGGAAGAGAAACGAAACAAGAGCAAAAAGAAAUAAUAAAUAAUUUUUAAAAAUUUC